AUGGACACUUAUCUUGACCCAAUCAACCGCAAGUUUGCGGAUGCGGCCGCUGAAGGUCCACCGCUGUACACUAAGACUUAUCAGGAAGCGCGGGACAUUCUGGAAGGCAUCCAAAACUACAAGACCGCGUCGGACAUCAAGACUGAGGAGGUCAAAGUCCCAGUCAAUGGCGAAGAUGUCACUACCGUCAUAUUCCGACCUGCUGAUGCUCAGGGUACGCUGAACAUGAUCUUUUACACGCACGGUGGUGGCUGGAUUCUCGGAAGUCCCACGGCGCAUGGAGCUUUGAUGGAGGAGUUCGCUCGCCAAACUGGUGCGGCUGUUGUCUUUCCCUACUACACCCCAGCUCCCGAAGCUCAGUACCCCGUUCAGUUUGAGCAGGUCUACGGAGUUCUUGAUCAUUUCGUGAAGAAUGGCGAUAAGUAUAAUAUCAAAGCCGAUCGCUUCGGUCUCGCUGGUGACAGUGUUGGAGGACAUAUGGCCAUUGCAAUGACCCAGCUCGCUCAAAGCCGCAACCUCCCCUCCAAGAUUGGCCAGAUCGUCUUGCUGUACCCCGUCACAGACACUCACAGCAAGUCUGAGACCUACAAGACAUACAAAGACGGACCUUAUCUCUCUGAAAAGACCAUGGACUGGAUGAUCCCCGCAUUUCUUCCGAAUGAAGAAGACAGAAAGCUGCCUUUGACAUCGCCUCUCCAGUAUGCCCCGGAUGAGGUUCUCGCCAAGUUUCCGCCUACGACUGUCUUCGUUUCCGGCGCGGACCCGCUAAUUGGGGAGGGCGAAGCAUUUGGCCAUCGUCUGCAGAAACUCGGAGUUGAUGCCGCAGUUCUCAAGGCGGAUGGCCAGGUUCACGAUUUUGCGAUGUUGGCACCUAUUCGCGUUUCUCCUACAGCCCGAGCUGUGGUUGAGCUUGCGUCUUCAAAGUUACUGAAAGCAUUCUCAGAGAACUGA